AAUAAAUCUAUAUUGUUAUAGAUAAACAGUACGUUUGUUGCGCCACGAGGCCUGUGUGUUUUACUUGCUUUUACUUGCACUUUCUAGAAUUUUCUACACUUGAAACGAUAUAUAUAUGUAGAGAGAAAGAGAGAGAGAGAGAGAGAAGAAAUAAGAAAUAAAAACGAAGAAUCUAACAAUGAGUGUAUAAAAAGUGCAAAGAAAAAGAACAUAUCGUCAGUGUCACCUGUGUCACGUGUCACUCUACUGGAGACCAGAGGUCGAUACUUUCGUAAUCCAAGUUGGUGAAGUGGAGUUCGGAGAAAUGCAGAGUAGGAGAGGCUAUAUAUGUUACGCUCUCCGCGAGGCGAUAUCUCUCCCUUGACCUCGACAAUGCCAUGUUGCUAUUGCUAUGUUAUUACAGGAAAGAUAUCGGGGAGCGUGAGCGUGGUGAUUCGCUAUAAUAAAAAUAAAUUGCUAUCACGCAGCGAGAAAAGUUCGCUGCAAAUUAAGGUUACUCGUACGAGAAACGAUAGUGUCCGCUAUCGCAGGUAAUAUGGCAAAAGCGGAGCGAUUACGCUUCACGAUUCUAGAGGACUUGAUACUUUUACGGGAGGUCUUACGACAAAACCCGUAUGAAGAAAGCGACAGGUGGAAGGUCGUUACCGACCAUGUCGUAAACGCAACGCGGAAGAACUUCAGUUUGCGUUGCGUCAAGGAGCACGUCGAUCAUCUGUUAAAAAUUUGGGCGAGAGAAGGCCACGCACAUUUGAGAAAAUCAGGAACCGAGGAACAAUAUAAUGAAAAGGAGCAACUUUUGCAGCAAGUACAAGACUUACAAAAAGAAUUCAGAUGCUUUAGUAAAAACUUCAAUACACAGAAAUCAAGAAUGCAAACAAGAGAGGUAAUGGAGAAUAUUUCUGAUACUUUAGAGGUAAUAAUAGAGGAACCAGUAAUGAAAGCAUCCUCACCGACAUUGUUGCCAAUUGCAUCACCAACUUCGUCUUCGUCAUUGUCAUCAUCGUCAUCGUCGUCAUCGUCGUCGAUUCUGCAAUUCUCGACGAGGUCGCCAGCCGCAUCACCAUCGAGAACGGGUGGUCCAAUAAGGAAUAAAAUGCGUCAUGACAUGAAGAAGUCAAUGUUACAAAUUCUACAAGAAAGAUGCAAAAAAGAGUUGGAAUUUCGAGAAAAACAAUUUUGCUUGGAGGAGAGAAGAAUUCAACUUGAGGAGGAAAAGUUUAGAAUGGAAAAGAAGGAACGCGAGGCGAGACUUGAAUUAGAAAUUGAAGAGAGGAGACAAAGGAUUUCUGUAUCCAAACAGAAACAAGAUAUUCUAGAAAUAUUAUUACAAUUAGUACAUAAACCUUGAUUACUUUUAUAAGAUAGUUUUUUCUCGUUUUCUUGGUUUAUAAAUAAAAUUAUUGUUAAAAUAUACAAAGCAAGAAACGCAUAUCCUUUGAUAUAAUGGUAAUAUAUUGAACUUAAGUCACUUUGUGAAAGUUGAAUGAAGAUUAUCUUGAAUGUUUUAAAUACUCUCGUUUUUUAUCGUAUAUGGACCAUGGAAAUUACGUUAGCAUUAGCAUUAUCCAAAGUAUAUCAUUAAAUACAAUAAUAGCAAUGAGGAACUACGGACGUGACAUAUACUCGCAAAAAAUAUAACAGAGUUAUGCAUAUUUAAAAAUGAUUAUAAUAUAUCAGAAUAAAAAUUGCGAUAUUUUUUCGAUUGAGUAUGCAACUACAAUUAUAUAUAAAAUUUUAACAUAUAUAUAUUUUGUUUUAUAAAUAUUAAAAAUUUUA